CGAGCUGCGAACAAAAGGGGAGGAAGGGCACAAGAUGUUUUGCGUUUUAUCAGGCGCAUGAUGCGUAGUCUCCUAAAAAAAAGUGAAUUGGGGAAAAAGUGGCCGCCCUCGUCCGCUGCAUGGAUCCACGCCCUAGCCUUGCCCGUUGAUGGUGGGCGGGCUUCGCCGGCGGCGGGGUGGAGAUGGACACCGGGAACAAAGGCACGGCGACACCGGUGCUGCUCAACGUCUACGACCUGACGCCCGCCAACGAUUACCUCUACUGGCUCGGCUUCGGCGUCUUCCACUCGGGAAUCGAAGUUCAUGGCAUGGAAUAUGGAUUUGGAGCCCAUGAUUUCCCAUCAAGUGGUGUUUUUGAGGUGGAAUCGAAAAGCUGCCCUGGCUUUAUAUAUAGAAAGACGGUGUGGCUAGGCACAACUGACAUGUCCCAUGGAGAGUAUCGCUCGUUCAUCGAAAAGCUUGCAGGGAAAUACCAUGGCAACUCAUAUCAUUUGGUUUCAAAGAAUUGCAAUCACUUCACGGAUGAUGUGUGUAAGAACUUGACUGGAAAACCCAUACCUAGCUGGGUGAAUCGGCUAGCAAGAGUAGGUUCAUUUUUUGAUUGUCUUCUACCAGAAAGUGUCCAGGUUUCUCCUGUUGGGCGUGUCCCAACUCUUCGUCCAGUAGCUGAUGAUGAUUUGGAUUCAAUAUCCACAGUUAGUGACAACAAUGAGGAGGACAAACACUUGCUGCCAGCACCGUCGAAUGACCUACAUUCCGUAGAUGUACCAUUAAAGUUAGCCAAAGAUGUUCUUUGAAUUGUUUCAUAUUUUCACAAAACAUGCCAUAUUAUCAUCGCAAGUGCUGCAGUCGGGGUGCUGAAUUGUUUCUCGAGGUGACUUCAUAGGACAACACCGUUGAGCAGAGGUUCCCGUUCGUGAUACUGAUUUCUUUUUUCAGAGUUUCCUGUCCAAGUAGGUACACUGUAUACAAAUAGGAAUUGCCCAUCUUUCCAGCUAUUUGUUGUUUCACUAUCGUACAGUGAGAUUGUUGUAUCGUCCUUGCUACUUUUUUAUGGAAUAUCAUCCAUGCUACUUUGGUAGCAAUGGUAUGACAUUAGUCCAUAUGUCAUGGCAGAGCUGGAAUAGACAUCGUACUAUGGGCUAUAUACUUAUAUUUUUCUAUUAGCCUUGUGUAAAAAUUGCUUGUAUGAGCUCGGAAAUGAGAAUACACACUAUAACUUACUAUCAUUUUGCAUCA